AUGAAAGAUUAUUUUCAUUUCUUUAGGCCAACUGAAGAAACUACUUAUUUAAUGAGAACAGGUAAUACACGCAAAAGAUCCAUACCUAUAGCAGAUACCGCCGAUAAAAUGGGUCUUCGUAGUACACCUUCAAUUGAAGAAAUUUGGGGCGAUAUGGAAGUGGGUCUUAAAGAAGUUUACGCUCGGCAAACUAUGAUGCCAGCUCGUUAUAUGCAGUUAUAUAGUCGUGUAUACACAUUUUGCACAUCUGUCGCAUACAACAAUGAUUCACAGCGUACUGGAUCACGUAAUCGUCCGAAUCGUGUUCCACGUGGUAGCAAUCCUGGGUCGAUUGGUGCUGAAUUCGUUGGUUUAGAUCUCUACAAUCAUCUGAAACGUUUUUUUCAGGAUUAUGUUGAAAAUGUAUAUCAGAAAGGACGUGAUUUGAGUGGUGAGGAUAUUCUGAACUAUUUCACCACACAAUGGGAUUCUUAUCGAUUUAGUUCCAAAGUAGUAGGAGGAAUAUUCAGCUACCUAAAUCGUCAUUGGAUAAAGCGAGAAUUAGAUGAAGGAAAUGAGGACAUCUACGAAAUUUAUGUUCUAGCGAUUGUAACAUGGAAAGAGUUUCUCUUCAUUCAUAUGCGCGACAGCGUAACAAGUGCAGUAUUGAAAUUAAUUGAACGUGAAAGGAAUGGGGAAAAAAUCAGAACGAAACUCAUAAGUGGAGUGAUCCAGUGUUAUGUGGAACUAGGCGUUAAUGAAAAUGAUAUAAGUACUGCUGGUCAAGCAGCAAGUUCAUCGACGACUCAUGUUGAUCGUUUGCCCAAAUUACGGGUUUAUCGUGAUUACUUUGAAAAACGCUUCAUUGCGGAUACGGAAAGCUAUUUUGCUAACGAAGCAGCCGAAUUUAUUGCUGCAAACUCUGUUACUGAAUACAUGAAAAAGGUAGAAAUCCGAUUAAAAGAAGAAAAGGAGCGUUGCGACCUGUAUCUUCAUGAAUCAACACAGGAUUUACUGGCAAAAACACUGGAAAAAGUACUUAUCACGAAGCAACUUGAUUUAUUCCAGAAUGAAUUUGGAAAUCUGCUUGAAUCGAAUAAGGAUUCUGAUUUGGAACGCAUGUAUACACUUUGUGAUCGGGUAGAAAAUGGUUUGGAUGAGCUGCGGCUUGCACUGGAAAAGCAUAUUGCUCGUCAAGGAGAAGCUGCAUUGGAUAAAAUCUCCGAUAUGGCUAUAAAUGAUCCAAAGCAGUAUGUUUCAACAAUUUUAGAAGUUCACAAACGCUAUCAUAGCCUAGUGACUUGUUCUUUCAAAAAUGAACCUGGUUUUGUGCAAGCAUUGGAUAAAGCAUGCACAUCGUUCAUCAAUCGUAAUAGUGUCACAAAGAAGGCGAAUAACACAUCGAAGAGUCCGGAACUUUUGGCAAGGUAUUGCGAUCUUCUGUUGAAGAAAAGUGCCAAAAAUCCAGAAGAGAAUGAGCUCGAAGAACUUCUUAAUCAAAUCAUGAUUGUAUUUAAAUAUAUCGAAGACAAAGAUGUAUUUCAAAAAUUCUACACUAAAAUGUUAGCAAAACGGCUCGUGAAUGAGUUGAGUGCUAGUGAUGAAGCCGAAAGCAACAUGAUUUCGAAAUUGAAGCAGAUGUGUGGAUUUGAGUAUACCAGUAAACUGCAGCGAAUGUUCACUGACACCAGUCUUAGCAAAGAUAUAACGGAAAGAUAUAAACAGCAUCUAGCGACUAAAAACAUGAACUUGGGAUUGGAUUUCUCAAUCAUGGUACUUGGGUCAGGUGUAUGGCCUUUUAGUCAGUCCCCUAUUUUUGAUAUCCCUGUGCAACUCACAAAAUGUAUGGAAUCAUUUAAUGAGUUUUACCAAACACAACAUACGGGUCGUAAAUUAACUUGGCUCUUAGCGCAGUGUCGUGGCGAACUUUCAGCUUACGGUUUUCAAAGGAAAUAUACCUUUACUGCUACGACAGCUCAAAUGGCUGUUCUAAUGUUAUAUAAUGAAAACGCAGAAAUGACAUUGCAACACAUUUGCGAUAGUACUAAACUUAGACGUGAAGUCGUUGCACAAAUUGCUCAAGCCCUAGUCAAGGUAGAGCUGUUGUCGAUUGCUGGAUCAAAGAUUGAUAUUGACGCAAAUACUCCUCUUGCAACAGUUCUAAGAUUAAAUUCUGACUUUUCAAACAAAAAAUUAAAAGUUGAUCUGUCGAAAACGAUGGCACGCGCUGAAAUACGUCAAGAAACAGUGGAAGUACAUAAAUCAGUGGAAGAUGAUAGGAGACUAGUUGUUCAGGUUCUCGCGCAAUUAGCAUCACGUUUUAAGCCAAAAGUGCCAAUGAUUAAAAAAUGCAUUGAUAUUUUGAUCGAAAAAGAAUAUUUACAAAGGGUGGAAAAUGAGAAGGAUCUCUAUGAAUACCUUGCAUGA